GUGGAGGCGCGACGGCCGGGGCGGGGGCGCUGCUGCUGCGGGGGGCAGGCGGCGGGGGCGGCGGCGGCGGCGGCCCGCACCAGCCAUGCCGAAUAAAAACAAGAAGGAGAAAGAAUCACCAAAAGCAGGGAAAAGUGGAAAAAGUUCAAAAGAAGGACAAGACAUAAUAGAAUCAGAGAUUUCCAGCAGGAAAAACAGCCUUGUUGCUGCCCCGUCUACGGUAUCUAAUAAAAUAAAAGUGCCAGCCCCUCAGCCCAUAGUGAAGAAAGACAAACGGCAAAAUUCUUCCAGGUUUAGCGCCAGCAAUAGCAGAGAACUUCAGAAACUACCGUCUUUAAAAGAUGUUCCUCCUGCUGAUCAAGAGAAGCUUUUUAUCCAGAAGUUACGCCAGUGUUGUGUCCUCUUUGACUUUGUUUCUGAUCCGCUGAGCGACCUAAAGUGGAAGGAAGUCAAACGAGCUGCUCUGAGUGAAAUGGUGGAAUACAUCACCCACAGUCGCAAUGUGAUCACGGAGCCGAUUUACCCAGAAGUAGUGCACAUGUUUGCAGUUAACAUGUUUCGAACCUUACCACCUUCCUCCAACCCUACGGGAGCAGAAUUUGACCCAGAGGAAGAUGAGCCAACGUUAGAAGCAGCCUGGCCUCACCUCCAGCUUGUUUAUGAAUUUUUCUUAAGAUUUUUAGAGUCUCCAGAUUUCCAGCCUAAUAUAGCGAAGAAAUAUAUUGAUCAGAAGUUUGUAUUGCAGCUUUUAGAGCUCUUCGACAGCGAAGACCCUCGAGAGAGAGAUUUCCUUAAAACUACCCUUCACAGAAUCUAUGGAAAAUUCUUAGGCUUAAGAGCUUACAUCAGAAAACAGAUAAAUAAUAUAUUUUAUAGAUUUAUUUAUGAAACAGAGCAUCACAAUGGCAUAGCAGAAUUACUGGAAAUAUUGGGAAGUAUAAUUAAUGGGUUCGCCUUACCGCUGAAAGAAGAGCACAAGAUUUUCCUACUGAAGGUGUUGCUGCCUUUGCACAAAGUGAAGUCUCUGAGCGUCUACCACCCUCAGCUGGCGUACUGUGUGGUGCAGUUUUUAGAAAAGGACAGCACGCUCACCGAACCAGUGGUAAUGGCCCUUCUCAAGUACUGGCCAAAGACCCACAGUCCGAAAGAGGUCAUGUUUCUCAACGAGCUGGAGGAGAUCCUGGACGUCAUCGAGCCGUCCGAGUUCGUGAAGAUCAUGGAGCCGCUGUUCCGGCAGCUGGCCAAGUGCGUCUCCAGCCCCCACUUCCAGGUGGCUGAGCGGGCGCUCUAUUACUGGAACAACGAGUACAUCAUGAGUCUGAUCAGCGACAACGCAGCCAAGAUCCUGCCCAUCAUGUUCCCGUCCUUGUACCGCAACUCCAAGACCCACUGGAACAAGACGAUACACGGCCUGAUCUACAACGCGCUGAAGCUCUUCAUGGAGAUGAACCAGAAGCUGUUUGAUGACUGCACCCAGCAGUUCAAAGCAGAGAAGCUGAAAGAGAAGCUAAAAAUGAAAGAACGAGAAGAAGCGUGGGUUAAAAUAGAGAAUCUAGCCAAAGCAAACCCCCAGUGCGCAGUGUGUAGCCAGGCGGGCGCCCUGAGCAUUCCGGUGGCAAUGGAGACAGAUGGGCCUUUAUCGGAAGAGGCGCAGACGCUGGGAAAGACAGUGAACGAAGAGGCUCGCCAGGCGCAGAAGGACCUGAAGAAGGACCGGCCCGUGGCGCGCCGCAAGUCCGAGCUGCCCCAGGACCUGCACGCCAAGGGCGCCCUGGAGGCCCCCGGCCGGGCCGAGGAGCUGGCCCCCCAGGACGGGCGCUAGCCCCGCCGCGGCGCCACCCUGCAGCACCUGUAGAAGCCCGUGCUCUGUGUGCCAUGCCCGUCAGUUACACUCAAGUGCAAGCGCCCUCCGACCCGACCCGACCCGACCCAGGCAGUCACGCCCUCCCGCCUCGGCUCGAGCCCAGAGGUCAAACAAGGGGGACCUCCUGGGUCCGACCGCAGGGCUGCGGGCGCUCCCGGUGUCGCCCCCCCCCCCCCCCCGCACCCCGUGGCCUCGCGCCCCCGGCAGGUCCCAGAUCAGACAGUCUCCCAAAGUCAGAGCUAAGGCAAGCGCCCUGGCCGCCCGCGCCACCUUCUGCCCGGAUGGGAUUGUGGUCAUUCGAGGCAGCGGCCCUGAGGGUCCCGGGCCUCUUUCACCUCAGAGCAGCUCCGCCAGAAACCGUGACGUGGCGCUUUCAAGACUUCGCCGCCGGUGAGGUGGUUCCACAUGGUGGCCGCGCCAGCAGUUGCUUUCGGGGGUGUUUUGGCUGGUUGGGGGGGGCGGCGGCGGCGGGGGAGUUGUUUUCAUUUCAUCGGAGUGCUCUGCUGUCCUUGUGACUGCACCCCCUGGGGAAGUGGCGGGACCGCCCUGGGCCCCGCGUUUCCCUGCGGCGUGGCUUCCCCCGCCGACCCCGCGCGCCCCGGGUCCCGUCCCUCUUGGGGGCCGCUCCCGCCGGACAGCCGCACCCGGCGCCGGGCCCUGGGAGACACACGUGGGCUUUAAAGGGAGCCUCCUCUUGACUGGAACCAGAAUCUCGACAAUGGCGUGUUCGUGUCUUACUUUGCAGAUUUUUUUUCUCCCCUGUUCCCACGUUGUUGCCCUGGCACGAGGCUCUCGGAUCAGUGAAAGGCUGCUCCCCGAGCCCGGCGCCUUCCGUAGGGAGUGAGGCCGAGAGCGCUUGGGGUGAGGCCGGUUCUCAGCCUGGGCGAGAGCUGCAGCCGCGGCGGGGCUCCCACGCGGCUCUGUGAGCAAGCGCGCUCAGCCCUCGCCUGCGAAGGAGAACACAGCGUCGGGGGUUUCGUGGGUCUUCAAUGCUGCUAACUAUUUGAGACUUCCUUGCAUGUACUGAGCUUUUCGUUUUCGAUGGAACAGCACGAGGAGACAAAUCUUUAAACUUAGUGCUUUGUCUGUUCUUUAUUGCUCUCAGGGUGGCCAGUAUUUUGACUUACUUGUCCCGCUCGAAAGCAUCUGAGACGCGUGCUGCUGCUGCUCUAAACUAGUGGCUCUGGUUUCCCCUCUCUGGCGUAAGAUGCUAGAGCUUAAUGGCAAAUGUCUCGAUGCAUCACAGGUAAAGUGUGGCUUCUUUCAGGAUCUGUCUCGGAGUCGAGGCCUCAGGAAUCCACUAAAGCGAUGGGAAGAGCAGCCCGGGGGCUGAAUUUAGGUUGGUUGCACCUAAAUCCUUGUCGUUGGAGGAGAGUCACGCGGGGAGGAGGGACGCCUUGUGUUCGGAGCGAGCCCUGAAUUAGAAGCUUCCCCAGCUGGAAGCAGAGACACCCGCUUUGGGAGAAGAAACACCUGAGAAACUUGACAAGUACCCGCCCGCUUUACCAUAAUGACAUUUAUAGUUUUUAAAAAGUUUAGAUGCCUUCUCCUUCUGAGGGAAAAAGGGUGCUUUUUAUUGUAUAAAGCAGCAGCGUCUUAUGUAUCCUGAUAUCCCAUUGUUUGAACUUGCGUCUUUGGCUGAUAGAUUCUCAAGUAUCCUUGACCUGGUGUUAGAAUGUGUGUUCGAGAGGUUUCUGGGAAGCCUCUCCUUUUGCCCUCGGGAAAAAGCAAAAUAGCAACGUUUGGGCGAUGGGCAGAGCGUGGCAUACAGAAGCAUCUUUUUGUCUAGGUUUUACUUCUGCUCUUUAUUGAAGACAAACAUUCACCAAAAGGGAGGGGGAAACAAAAGUUUUGAGAGAAACUCAUCUUCUUUGACAAGAGUUAUUAUUUAAUAUUUUGGCCUAUUAAAGCUUUCCUGGUUAGAACUCUCAGACUCCCCGUGCCAGUUGUUCAACGGACAUACUAUCCCAUACUGUUUCCUCUGUGCCCAACUGAUUUCAAAAGUACUGCAUUGCAAAUAAACUGGUGACUGUUUUUCUUCAUAAGGUCUGCAUUUGGCAUCUUCACUCUUUCCAAAAUGUAUCUCUACAUCAGCAAUGUCACUAUUCCGAGUGUCUUUUUAGUGUGGCUGUAGUCUGGCUUCCUUUUACUAUUGUACAUACAUUGUAUCUUUGUUUUACGGUAUCGAGUAAUAAAAAUGUAGACUUCA